UUCGUGACGUAAUCACAAUAUCUUCGACUACGUGAACGACGUGGAUGCGUAGCAUGACUAUCCUAACCUCAAAAACUUAGUUUAACAUGGAUUAUUUAUGUUUUAUUGGUUUUAAUAAAUCGUUGAAUAAUGUUCAUUCUAACUGAAUUCAAAGAUACUGUUAAAAUCCCCCCGUGGAAAUUCAAGAGGAAGUUAAACGACGCAAUUACUGAAGAGUUGAAUAGAAAACUUGCGAACAAGGUUUAUCCAAAUGUUGGAUUGUGUAUCGCUUUACACGAUAUUCAGAAAAUAGAAGAGUCGUACAUUUUUCCAGGAGAUGGUUCCUCUCACACACCGGUAUCAUUCCGAUUUAUUGUUUUUCGUCCAUUUAUGGAAGAAAUAAUAAUUGGAAAAAUACGAAAUUGCAGCGUGGAGGGAGUACAUGUGACCGUGGGAUUUUUUGAAGACAUAAUCAUUCCACCUCAGAAACUGCAGCAUGAGUCGAGAUUCGAUGAGACUGAGAGAAUUUGGGUCUGGGAAUACAAAACUGACGAUGGAGAAAAACACGACCUGUUUAUGGACGAACAUGAAAUUAUUCGAUUCAGAGUUGUUAACGAAGUAUUCUCCGAGACUUCACCAACUAGUCCUCAAGUUACUGGCGAAGCAGAAAAAACCGAGACGAAAAACAGUUCGCCAUACACUCUAUGGGGCGCCAUUGAUGAGCCAGGUCUCGGAUGUCUGAGCUGGUGGGAAAACACAUGAAUUCAGGAUUAAAAUUAGAGUCAAUAAAUCAUUAAUCACGUUUUUAUUUCGCACGCAUUUCACUCUGUCUCAUAAUUGCUCGUUCUUAAAACUAAUUACUCUUCGAAUCGAGUCACAAUUUGUUAUUUUCUUAUUCUUCUUCUUCUUCUUCUUCUUUUUUUUUUACCAAUAAACGAAAUGUGUUCGGCAAUCUUUUGUACAA